AACACAUUUUAACUAACAAAUGAGGCAAAACCCGGCAAAACCUUGAGAAACACUGUAAAGCACACAAAAACCGUGGGGCUUUCUGCCCUCUACAGUCAAAUGUGGGAUAUUACAGUCCUGUGUGCACUCCACCUCAGAGUGGCACCUCUGCUCAGCCACCUGACGGCAGUUAAGUAUAUGACGUCACCAAAAUCUGCCUCUGAUUGCUCCAAAAAAGUCUUGAAUUGGCGGUGAUUCAGACCUCUGGACUUCAGGAAAUUAACAGACUUCACAGCCAUGUCCAUGACAUGUUUCAUUCCAAGAGUUUGAGCAUCGAGGGCUUCUUGGUGUCUUAUACAGUGAUAUUUGAUUAGUUUCUCACCUCUGUUGUUGGCCUCUUUCUCAGAGAGCAGCGACACAGCGCCUGUCUUUCUCCUCACCUAUUUCAAAGUUCUCCAUGACUGUUGGGAUGAAAAUCAGCAAUUGCGCUGUAUCCGUGGUUUCAUCCAGUGCGGUGGAAAAGGCUCCCUCUCCCAGGCCCUCCACACGUUGUCCCAGUUGCUCUUCGAGAUCGCUGGCUAGAUCUUCGAUUUGUCGUGUCACUAUGUGUCACUCAAAAAACUUGUGUCAUAGAGCUUUGUUUUUUGCUCCGGGUAUACAAUGUCAGCCACUUUCAAAAUGCAACCUCACACAAAUUCUCCGUCAGCGUCCCAGUGGUGAAAAGAAAAAAACAUUGCACUGUGGACCUCUGGGAGUGAGGUCAAGUUGAGGUCUAAACCACACCUGUAAUUACCACUUAUCCCUAUAGAUGCCGCUAAAGACCUUGAAACGGAGAUUCAUCCUUUCAAAGCAAUGUACAGUUGGAUUAAAACAUUAAUUCAUUGUGGGCUGCCAGAAAUGUUUCGCCAAGUGAACAUUUUCCUUCAAAAGAAGAAUUUAUGUCUGUUGCAAGUCUUCCAAUAUUUUAUGUUUAAAUAUACAAAUGAGGAAAUCUUAUUAAAUGUUUUUGCCUCAUUUGCGUAGAUGUCCAGAACAGAAAUGUGAACUCUUGGAUGCCCCAUUGGUUGAUAAGACACAAUAAAAUCCCCUUUAUUCACUAUAAAUAUAAUGAGAGUUUUUCAGCACUGGUGCCCCCUUGUUAUCUUUCGCCCCUGCGCCUCAAACAUCCCCAGUCAGCCACUGUGUAUCUCUUUGUCAAUAACUGACUGAAUAACCACCUUCAUGUGUCUGAUAAAAGUUGGGCAUGGAGGCAAAAUAGCCCAAAAUCUCACAAACCGUCCAGUGGAGGAUAAAAUAAGAGUUCUCCCCCUGUAGUGUUUUACCUCCAGCACCCUUAAAGACACAUCCCACACACACACACACACACACACACAUACACACACACACAGGGUCAUUCCCUUCCUGAUGUAAACCCUGAAGUUUGUCAUUAGCAUUUGAGUAAUCACAUGUAACACCUCCUCUAACAUGUUCUCCCUGAUAACAAAGCUGAAAGUGUGACCUUGACUUCCAACAAUGAAAGAAAAAAGAAGUGCAGAACAAAUGCAAUCAUCGUUCGAUCUCGCCGGUCUCUUGUCGUCGGUGGUGUUUACGGCCAUAAUGUGUCCCCGCUGCUCGCCUGUCAGCGCGGCUGCGGGCUGAUACAAGAGAGAUCAGAGACGGGGGCCCAUUCAGCAGCGGGGCCCUAAAAACGUGAGUAAUGAGCCCCCCUAAAUGAGGGGAUCAUCAUUCCUGUGUGAUCGCCUUGAAUUUGAUUCACAAUAGGAGGAGGGAGCGGGCCAUUGAUCAGCGCAACGAUCUUGAGAAUUUGAUCCCUUUUGUUGGGGCUGAUUGAUGGGAGAUCAUCUCGGAUUCAUUAUUCCAAGGAAGGAAUAAACACGCCGUGCCGAUUUUCGGUGGUAACUCUGAGUCACUGUGCAAACUAACGGAGGUGGGGGGGGGGACACACGAUGGUGGUAAAUGUGCGCAUUAACAAGCAGCUUUUGCAAACGCGCUUCAUUUGCGUCACGGCCCGGCUCUUCGUUUGCUCUCCUGCCGCUGGCCUCCUGCUGAUAACAUACAGCCCGGCCCAGAAACAUCAUAACUGGAUUUGGCGGCCAGGUUAACUGUUAUGAAACGACUCUGAUCAUGCAGUGUGGAGGGGAGCGUCAUGCGUCACGUCCAAGGUUUAACGCGUCAUGUUUAGUGUCAAAGUUACUGAAUCCAAACAUUCGCCAUUGCCGCACAUCUGCAUUUUAUCACGGAUCUAUCGAUCCAGUGGCGCAGACAGCGUCCAUAUUCUGUAUUUAUGGUGUUCUUAUGAGGUCAAGCGGGUGUUUUCACACACUGUUUUAGAGGCUGGUAGUUUCUAUGGCGACUCUCGUCAUUUAUCACCAGUUUAAAUGAUCUUUAAACAGCCUGCAUCAAAGAAAACCCUCCAUUUCUCCACAAACACGUCUCUGCGCCCCUGAUAAAACCUGACCUCCCUGACCUACUGUAAGCUGCACAUACAAAUUAAAGGAAAUUAGUCAUUUAUUUACUUUCUUGUAGCUGACUCCCGGAUCAUUUUCGCCUCCCCUUUGUGUCUUUCCCCCUCACCAACAUCAUCAAUCACGGCCCAAUCAUCUCCCAGUGUUAGCUGAAUACAGGCACAGCCUGCCAUCAAAGGCAGCGGGUCCUCCUUAUCACCCGCCGCCCCACAGGUGCAGAGCUCAGUCCGCUCUCACUGAAAAUGACAGCAGGAGCUCUGCGCCUCUGGCUCGUCCUCCUCGCCCUCCGGCUGCGGUGCGUCAGCCCGCUGGCCAUCCCGCAGGACGGAGGGAGGGCCGGGCGGCAGCAGGCGGCUCUGGAGGCGACCGAGACGGCGAACGAGAAGCUGGACGCGAUGGUUCACCUGAAGGAUUUACCUCGAGGUCCGGCGGUGGCUCCUCACAAGAAGGCGCCGCAGUUUAUGUUGGAUCUGUUUAACGCGGUGUCGGUGUCCGACGGGACCCCGAAAAGCCAGAAGGAGAUUCUGGAAGGAAACAUAGUGAGGAGCUUCGAGGAUAAAGGCCACGCUGGAGAGAGGUUUCACUUCUUCAAUCUGUCGUCUUUCGGCAGAGACGAGAGAAUGAUCAAAGCGGAGUUCCGCUGGUUCAGAAAGAAACAGAAGUUUUACCUCGGGAAGUCAUACCUGCCUCAUUUCUAUAAGGUGGAUCUGUAUGAGGUGCUGGACAGCCGAGUGAAGCCAUGGAGAGGAAACCUCAUCACCUCCAGACUGGUGCCCCUGUACACACAGGGGUGGGAAGUCUUCAAUGUCACCCAAACGGUGUCAAAGUGGAUCCGCAACAGCCAGGAAAAUAACGGCAUCCUGGUGGUGACCACGCUUCCCUCUGGUAACUGGAUGGAGUCACUGACGGACACGAGUGCCUACCUGGUCAUAUUCUCAGACGACGGGAGGACAGGAGCCUCAAACCAGUCGUACCUGGGGUGUCAGCAGGGUAAUGGUCCUCAGGGUGUCCGUAACAAGUGCAGCUCUAGCCUCACCGUCAUCCACUCAUUCGUGAUAAUGGACCCGAUCGGGACAAGCCCAACCUGCAGCAGCAGCAACCGAGCUCCACGAGCACCGCAGCCGGAGACGGCGUGCGUCUCCGGGUCUCUCGCCUCACGGCCCCUCCCAGUCCUGCCAGCGCGUCCCCCUCUUCGUCGACUUUGAGGAGAUCGGCUGGUCCGGCUGGAUCAUCUCCCCCCGGGGAUACAACGCCUACCACUGCAAAGGCUCCUGCCCGUUCCCCCUGGGGGGAAACCUCAGAGCCACCAACCACGCCACGGUGCGCUCCAUCAUGCAUGCGCUCAAGCUC